AUGUCUUUUCUGGGAUCCGGUGUUGGUGCGAACUCCUUUCGCAACAAUUCCAUCGCCCAUGACCAGAACCAUGACGAAGAAAGGUGUGGCCAUCUGUCAAGCGUUUAUGCCGACGUUUACGACGCCGACGACGAGCUGGUAGAAGAAGACGACGACUUCGAGGACCAAAACUUCUAUUUCGAGCCCGGCCCGACCUUUCCCCCCUGCCUCGGCAUGCCCCCUGGUCAUACGGGAGCGCCCUUCCCGCCCCUCCUCGCCGGCGACAUCCCGCCCCUUGGCGGGCCCAUGUUCUCAAGACUCCCCGAAACCACCGGCCAGAUUUCUCGCAGUGGAUGGCCAGCGCAGUCCACCAGCUCGCUCUGGCACGACAACUCGCCCGCCAUCUUCCCCUGGACCGACCAACUCUUCUACUGCACCAGCCCGGGCCCCAUCGAGACCACCACCAACAGCCCUCCCCGCUCCUCUCAACCUCCCCCCUCCCUACCUUCCCUCUCACCCUUAUCCCCGCAAGCCAUCUCAACUCUCAACGCCUGUAAGCUCAACGUCAGAAUGCUCAACAACAGCAUGCUCAACAGCAAACCCAGUUCCAGUGGGUUCCCGUAUCGGCCCAAGCUACGAGCCGGGGACGAAGUUACAGCAGAGGGCAUCGGGCCUACCAGCAGGCGCAGGCCCGGGCCUUUUCUCAAGGAUACAUGGGGCAGACGCAGGGGCAGGCGCAACACCAAAUUGCGGCCGUGA